UCGAGGGUUGUGGGUGAUGGCGUGCCGCCAGGCUCCCACGUGGGGCACGGGGGUACUUUAUCCCCGCCGGCACCCUGUUCCCUCGGUAUUCCGCCGUCCUCACCCCUCCGUUGCCACCGGCAGGACCAUGGUGGCCGCCUGGGUGCUGCUGGCCCUCCUGGCCUGGCCGGUUCCCGCCACGGCCGCCACGGUACGAGACUCGCUGCUCAACGUCUGCAUGGACGCCAAGCACCAUAAAACGGCCCCCGGCCCCGAGGGGCAGCUCUACGGGCAGUGCACUCCCUGGAAGGAUAACGCCUGCUGCACCGCCAACACCAGCGUGCAAGCCCACCAGGACCAGUCCUACCUGUACAACUUCAACUGGGACCACUGCGGGAUCAUGCCGGAGAAGUGCAAACGGCACUUCAUCCAGGACACGUGUCUCUACGAGUGCUCCCCCAACCUGGGACCCUGGAUCAAGCCGGCGGACAGCAGCUGGCGUAAGGAACGGAUCCUGUAUGUGCCGCUGUGCCUGGAGGACUGCGAGCAGUGGUGGGAGGACUGCCAGAACGCCGUCACCUGCAAGGUCAACUGGCACAAGGGCUGGAACUGGACCACAGGCGUCAACCAGUGUCCCCGAGGCACCUCGUGCCAGAAAUUCCGGUACGUCUUCCCGACGCCGGCCGACCUCUGCCAGCGGAUCUGGUCCCACUCCUACCGUUACACCUCCUACCGCCGCGGCAGCGGCCGCUGCAUCCAGAUGUGGUUCAACCCCUCGCAGGGGAACCCCAACGUCGCCGUGGCGCGGUAUUACGCCCAAGCCAACACCGCCGCCGCCGCCGUCGCCGCAGCCCCCACCGGCUCUCCGCUUUCGCGCCUGCUGGCCUUGCUGCCCCCCGCUCUCCUCGCCCUGCUCUGAGCUGCAGGCAGGAGCACGUUGGGGAGGGGGGGGGCGUCCGUCUGCCCCGUGGCCCCCUCCCCACCAUGGGACACCCCCAAGCUGUACAGGCUGCUCCCCCCUGCUUCCCCCCCCCCCCCAGCAUGUGGCUGGUGAAUAAAUGCUUCUGCCCCA